CGGAACUCGACUGAGAAGUUUUGUAUUUUUCACUUCAGCUCCGGUUCCAACUGUCGCGUAGUCCAAAUUAGGUAGCGACAACGACUAUGUUAUAAGAAGAUAUGGGCUAACCAGAUACUCACUGGAAGGACUCUGAAAGAUGACGGCUUGCCAGUGUAUUCGCUCACCUCAAAAGAGGUCAGAAUAAGGGGCUGCCUUUCCCAGUACUCAAUCCCCCCAGUUUCUGAGGUUUGUGGCAACUCUACUUGAAAAAUAUGGCAGUUUGAAGUGAAAGAAAAUGGUUUUAAAUGAAGUUGAUACCAUGGAGCAAAAAACAGUUCAGGUUAAGAAAGAUGAAUUAGACUGGGAAUGUGCUCAUAUUACCCAAAAGGGCCUCCGCAUUAAGCAAGAGAAUUAUGAAUGGUGGACUUCAGAUACACAAAUCAACGGUUUUGAGCAAGUAGCGGUGUGCAUUAAAGGACAAGAUUCUGAACAUGCAUUGGUCGGUGUUAACGUGAAAAAUCUUGAAACUGUAAAUAGAUUGAAAGAAGGUGAAGCUUCAGAAAACCGCUCUGGUUUUGAGAAGAGUCCAGCCGUGAAACACGAGGCAGAAGCAGAUUGGGAGUCCCUUCAGCUGAGAACGUAUUCUCCACGCUGGCAUUCUGUCCAUGUGAAACCUGAAGAACUCGAGUAUGACGACAGCAUCGGCAAGGCAAGAUACAGCGGGGAAGAAGAGAAACAAGUCUCAUUAAAUGGUCCGGCGCAAAAGUGUUUACAAGAAAAUAACAGCUUCUGUCAGUCAUCUGUUACUCGGGACUCUGAAAAUGACAAUGCAGCAUCUUUGCCAAGCAGCGAUAGACAUUCAGUUGACGCAAUUCCACAGAAGUCCAAGAGAACCUACAAAGGGGAGAAGCCAUAUUGCUGCUCGGAGUGUGGGAAACAGUUCUCACUCAGAAGGAGUCUUCAGAUACAUACGAGGUUUCACACUGGAGGGAAGCUGCCUUGUUGCUCUGAAUGUGGGAAACUCUUCUCACGCCCAAGUAAUCUCUUGAUGCAUAUGAGAAUACACACUGGUGAAAAACCACACUGCUGUCCUGAAUGUGGAAAACGAUUUUCACACCCAAGCAAUCUUCAGGCGCACAUGAGAAUUCACACAGGCGAGAAGCCUCACUGCUGUCCUGAAUGUGGCAAACAAUUCUUACAUGUAGGUCAUCUUCAGACCCACAUGAGAGUUCACACAGGAGAGAAGCCUCAUUGUUGCCUUGAAUGUGGCAAGCAGUUUUCACAAAUAAGUAGUCUUCAGAAACACAUACGAAUUCACACGGGGGAAAAACCACAUGGAUGUACCGAAUGUGGUAGGCAGUUCUCACGCAUCAGCAUUCUUGAGACUCACAUGAGGAUUCACACAGGGGAAAAGCCACAUUGCUGUACCGAAUGUGGGAAGCAAUUCUCACAAAAAAGUUACGUCCGGGCACACAUGCGAUCUCACACUGGGGAAAAACCACACCGCUGUGCCGAGUGUGGCAAACAGUUUUCCUUCAUAAGCAGUCUCCAGGCGCACAUGAGAAUUCACACGGGGGAGAAGCCACAUGGCUGUCCAGAAUGUUCCAGGCAAUUCACACAAUUGGGCAGCCUGCAGAGACACAAGAAAGUUCACGCUAAAAAGGGGCAUCAUUGCUGCUCUGAAUGUGGCAAACAGUUUCACCAACUCCGCCAUCUUGAAGCUCACAUGAAAAUUCACAUUGGCAAGAAGGAGAACCGAUAUUUGUGGCAGCUCUGUUACCCAGCAGUAAAUGUGAAAAUAUGGUAUUUGUAUGGAAUACAAAUGGCCUUAAAUGAAGUGGAUGGUCUGGAGCAAAAAACGGUUCAGGUCAAGGAAGACGAUGCUGAAUGGGAGUCUUCCUGUGUUACCCAAAAGGGCCUCUGCAUAAAGCAAGAAGACUGUGAAUGGUGGACUGCGGAUACUAAAGUCAACCGUCUUGAUCAAGAAGUCGUCUACGUUAAAGGAGAGGAUUCUGAACAUGUGCCGGUCAGCUUUAACCUUGAAACUGUAAACAGUCUCAAAGAAGAUGAAGAUUCUGGAAACCCCUCUGCCUCAGAGACAAGUCCACCUGUGAAACACGAGGCAGGAGCAGAUUGUGAGUCACCUCAGAUGAGAGCGUGUCCUCCACAGUGGCGCUCUGUCCACGUGAAACCUGAAGAACCCGAGUGUGACGACAGCAGAAGGAAGGCAGGAUACAGCAGGGAAGAAGAGAGAGAAUUCUCAUCCAACAAUCAAGCAGAAAAGUGUUUACAGGAAAAUAAGAGCUUCUUCCAGUCAUCUGUUACUCAGGAUUCUCAUUGUUCUGAAAACAAGGCCACAGGAUCUCCGCUGAGCAGCAAUAGACAUUCAGGGAUCACCAUUGUUCAGACACCCAAGAGACCCUACAAAGGGGAAAAGCCAUAUCGUUGCCUGGAGUGUGGGAAACAGUUCUCACACAGCAGGAGUCUCCAGAUACAUAGAAGACUUCACACGGGAGAGAAGCUCCCUUGUUGCGCCGAAUGUGGGAAACUCUUCUCCCAUCCAAGCAGUCUUUUGACACACAUGAGAAUACACACAGGAGAGAAACAACAUUGCUGUUCUGAUUGUGGUAAGCAGUUCUUCCACACGGGCAAUCUUCUAACUCACAGGAGAAUUCACACAGGGGAGAAACCUCAUUGCUGUUCUGAAUGUGGAAAGCGAUUCACACAUCCCAGCAGUCUUCAGACACACAUGAGAAUUCAUACAGGAGAGAAGCCACAUAGCUGUCCUGAAUGUGGCAAGCAGUUCUCACAAAUCAGCAGUCUUCAGACGCACAAGAGAAUUCACACAGGAGAGAAGCCCCAUUCGUGCAGUGACUGUGGUAAACAGUUUUCACAAAUAAGCAAUCUUCAGACACACAUAAGAAUUCACACCGGGGAAAAACCACAUGGAUGUACUGAAUGUGGCAAGCAGUUUUCACGUAUUAGCAGUCUGGAGACGCAUAUAAGGAUUCACACAGGGGAGAAGCCCCAUUGCUGCACUGAAUGUGGGAAACAAUUCUCACAAAUAAGUAAUCUUCAGACACACAUGCGAACUCACACUGGGGAGAAGCCACACUGCUGUACUGAAUGUGGCAAACAGUUCUCUCGCAUAAGCAGCCUCCAGACGCACAUGAGGAUUCACACAGGUGAGAAGCCACAUGGUUGUCCAGAAUGUUCCAAACAAUUCACACAAAUAAGCAGUCUGCAGAGACAUAUGACAAUUCACACCGGGGAAAAACCACACUAUUGUUCAGAUUGUGGCAAACAGUUUUCAUGUGUGAGCAGCCUUCAGAGACACAAGAAAGUUCACACUAAAAAGAAACAGCAUUGCUGCUGUGAAUGUGGCAAACAGUUCUAUCAACUCCGCCAUCUUGAAGCACACACCAAAAUUCACUUUGGACAGAAGGAGAACUGAUAGAAGCCUUACUGAAUUA